AUGAUUGGGGAUACGGGCGACAACAAAACUGGACACAUUACAACCACACCCCAAGAAGGUAUCCUCUUCUUCAACAGCAUCUUACCUCCCAACCUACAAUGGCUAUUCCGUAUUACCUCCGGGAUUGGACGCGGUCCCCCAAAGCUGGCAGACAUGAACCGGAACGAUACCUAUGGAGUGAUCAAUCCCGCCACUGUGUUUCAAAAGGCCACCAAAGAGGCAAAUCUGGGCAAUGCAGAAGUUGUGGAAGUCCUGCCGCGCUUUGGCGAAGGCGGCGCAUUUUUGAAGUUCAAGCAUGACAACAAACAUGACUCCAAAUCCGUGGCAGAGGCUGUGCACAAGUACCUCGAGGAGCAUACUGCGAGACCGUGGUGGAACCCUCUCACUUCCGUCAAAGCCAGCUUAGUAUUGGGCAGGCCAUGGGUGGAGGAUCUAUCGCGACAUCCCUCUCGGCGCGUCAAGGUGGAAUUCUUGCCGACAGAGCCUGGAGCAGAGGCGGCUGAAUUGAACCAAGAGCAGUUGUAUAGCUUCUUUCGGCCCUUUGGUAAGCUCUCGGAUAUUAUCGCACAACCCGCGGACUCCAAAGAGGUUCCGCGGUACGCCUACCUGGACUUCGAACACUACAGAAAAGCCAUUAUGGCUAAGAACUGUAUGCAUGGAUAUACUGUGUCGGACGCAGAAGGUGGUGGCAAGACAGGCACCGUUUUGCGUUUGGUGUAUGCGAAGAAGCAACGAGCAGGAUGGAUCAAAGACUGGAUUUUCGGACAUCCCAGGAUUGUCAUACCACUUCUCGCCGCACUUAUUGCCGGUAUCACGGUGGCGAUUUUCGACCCGGUUCGUACUUUGUCUAUUAAGGCUCACAUCACUCGAGCCUUCCACAUCGAAGAUAACUUCAUCUUUGCCUGGUUCAAACAACAAGGCGAAGACCUCAUCAACAAAGUCAGGUCUUUCGGCAAACAAUCUUCUUCUGACGGAGGCAUGUCCGUAGUCUGGGACGAUAGGCAAAAGGAGAUCGAGCAGAUCCAAUCCUGGCUAAUGGAGUCCGCAGAUACAUUCGUCGUGGUACAAGGACCUCGUGGAAGCGGAAAACGAGAACUUGUGGUUGACCACGCCCUACAGUAUAAGCGUGAAGCUCACAGGGUCUUGGUCGUAGACUGUAAGCCUGUUCAAGAAGCUAGGGGAGAUGGAGCUACAAUCGCGGCUGCUGCAGCUCAAGUCGGAUACCGACCUGUCUUUAGCUGGAUGAACAACAUCUCCGGUCUAAUGGAUCUUGCUGCCCAAGGCAUGACUGGUAGCAAGGCUGGGUUUUCGGAGACUCUCGAAAACCAAUUGGUGAAGAUCUGGAACAAGACAUCCACAGCAUUAAAGAGCAUUGCCCUAGAAGGUCGCAGGAAAGAUGACAAAGAUUACAAGCUCGGAGACGAUGAAUACCUCGAAGCUCAUCCGGAACGCCGACCAGUCGUGGUCAUCGAUAACUUCUUGCACAAGAGCUCCGAACCUGGGGCUGCGCUUGUGUAUGAUAAGCUGGCCGAUUGGGCAGCCCAGCUUACAACAUCGAACAUUGCUCAUGUGAUAUUCCUCACAACCGACGUCUCCUUCAGCAAAGCCCUGAGCAAAGCGUUGCCGGAUCGCGUGUUCCGACAGAUCUCACUUGGCGACUGUCCGCCAGACGUGGCGAAGAGAUAUGUUAUCAACCAUCUCGACUUCGAUGCGGUGUCAAGCCACGUCGACGGUGAAGAUGGCGAGGAGCACAAGAACCUUACACCGAGCCAAAAGCGAGAAGAUCUGCAGGAAUUGGACGAAGUCAUUGGCUAUCUCGGAGGGCGCUUGACAGACCUCGAGUUCUUCGCUCGCCGUAUCAAAGCAGGCGAAACGCCAUCCAAGGCUGUGCGUGAGAUCGUAGACCAAUCUGCCUCCGAGAUUUUGAAGAUGCAUCUGCUCCUUGAUAGCGAGAAUAGGGAGUGGACGUCCGCACAAGCUUGGACGCUGGUCCGCAACCUGGCAUCGAACGAGAGCUUGAGGUAUAAUGAGGUGAGUAGGAACAUGCAUUGAUGCCGUCAGAAUAGCGCCGCCUUGAGCUGUCAGCUAACCUCGCGCAGGUCCUCCUCGACUCUACAUUCUCUUCUGGCGGCGAUAAAGCCAUUCAGGCACUGGAGCAAGCCGAGCUCAUCAGCAUACAGUCUUCUAACGGUCGACCGUACAGCGUGAAGCCCGGCAAGCCCGUCUAUCAACCAGCUUUCCAACAACUCGUCGAGGAUAACGUCCUACGAGCAAAGAUGGAACUGGCUAUUCUGAGCGCCUCUAUCAGUACCGAGAACGCCGCUAUUGAGAAAUACGAAAAAGAGCUGAGACUCAUCGGAGAGCUGCCGAAGCAGCCGAGUCAGCUGUACGAUAGAAUGCAAUGGCUAUUGGGCAAGAUCGCUGGCAGUCAAAAGCGUAUUGAGGGGUUCGAGAAGGACAGCGGGGAACUGAAGAAGAUUCUGCAGACGGAGUUCUGA